GUCGGAGUGUUUGCCCUCAAGGACUGUUUGGGUGCGUUGUGAUAAGAUGUCUGUUAUCCAUGUUAGUGUGGUUCCGGUGAUUCCGUAAUAUUUUAGUUUGUAUUGUAAGUGUUUGUGUGGAACUUUGUCAAAUGCUUUGGGAAUGUCCAUUAUGAUGAUGUCUGUGUGUUUGUUGUUGUGGUGGUGGUUCUGUGCAAGGUCUUGUAUGAAUGUGAUUAGUUGUGUUUCGCAAGAUCUUGAUGUGCGGAAGCCAUGUUGUAGGUCGUGCAGUAUUGUGUUGUCUUCAGUGUUUCAUGGUUGUACUUGUGAUGAUGUGUUCUAGGAGUUUGCAUGCGAUGUAUGUGAGUGAUAUCGGUCUGUAGUUUGUUGGGUUGUAUUUGUCUCCUAUUUUGUAAAUGGUGUUUACGUUGGCGUGUUUCCAGUCACUGGCUAAUGUUCCUGUAUUGAGUGAUGUUUGGAAUAUUUUUGUUAACAUAGGUGCUGUGAUGUCCUUAAGUUCUUUCAGUAUUCUGUCGUGUUAUGUGGUCUGGGCCUGUUGCUUUAUGUGGGUUAAUGUUAUUGAGUAGCUUGUAUCUGGCAUGUGUGGGUGGGGCGAUAUUCCUUUGUCAGGUAUUGUCGUGUUUUGUUCUGGUGUGAAGGCUUUUUGGAACUGUUCAUUUAAUAUGUUUGCCUUUGUUUCUGGGUCUGUUGUGAAGUGUUCGUUUUUUUACGUAACUUGCUAUGAUGUCUGUGUUUCCUUUUUUGUGGUUUUGAUGAAUGAGAAGAGUUUUUUAGGGUCGUAAAUGUGUUCCUUGUACUGUAGCCUUCAUGCAGGUUCGCCUAUUGGUAGGUCUAGAUCUGUAAUCAUCUUCUCAGUGUUGUGUAUAGGUAUGCAUUGCGGGUUUGAUUGAUACGGACGGUCCAUAUUAAUCAUAAAAGAAGAAGAAAAAAUGAUUGAAAAUGUCAGUCUUCUCGAAAAUUUCCAAAACUUUUAACAGUUGUACACGUAUGGCGGUUGAUGUUUCUUCUUUUUUAUAACCCUAUAAUUUGGUUUCACCCAGUCCCCCUUUUUAAUCAGUUUUAAAUUAUUCCAAAAACAGUUGCUUAAAAAACAAAGUUGCCCGCAUUGCUUCAAAGGGAAACCUUCGAUUAGUAUAUUGGCGUAAAGUUGGUAAGGUCCAUAAGAUUUUUUAAUGUUGCGUUCGGUUUUUUCUACAUCCGAUUUUUGUAUAAACCAGAUGUAAACACUUCCGGUAUAUUUCUAUCGGUACACGCUGUUGUUGGUUGUUAGAUACACAGACAUCGAGGUGUCAAAGUUUAAGAAUUCAGUUUCUAUCUUAGGACGAACACAUACCAUUCCCUUCAAAGUGUUUCCUUUACACGAUGCAUGCAAUGAAUGAACGAUCGCUUGUCAAGUGUGUGUGUCACAGGGUUCAUGGUUGGUGUCGGUGAGAGUAAUGAAGCGAAACAUUUGACCCUUCUACUCGUGUACGUUUUGUAAGGGACGGAUGAUGGAUAAUGGUACCGGCACUGAGUCUACAGGCGGAGCGAUUGACUAUGACAUCCUCAGUCCUCGGUGCUGUGUUAGACCGCCUAUGCCAUGGUUUGGAAUGGACAUUGGAGGCACUUUGACAAAACUUAUAUAUUUUGAGCCAAAGGACAGGACAGCACAAGAAGCUGAAGAGGAAAAAGAAACUAUAAAAGUUAUCCAUAGUUACCUGAUAGGAAAUGUUGCUUAUGGAAAAACGGGUAUCCGUGAUGUUCAUUUGGAAAUGUGCAAUCAGACAAUAGGAGGGAGGACAGGAAGUCUUCACUUCAUACGAUUCCCCACAUGUGAAAUGUCUGCAUUUAUUGACCUAGCUAAAGUAAAAAACUUCUCUAGUCUAGCCACAGGGAUAUGUGCAACGGGGGGAGGAGCCUACAAGUUUGAGGAGGAGUUCAAACAGCGUGUCAACCUAAGUAUGUACAAGUUUGAUGAGUUAGAUUGCUUGAUAAAGGGAAUCCACUACAUAGACCGGCAUAAUCUCAGUGAAUGUUAUUAUUGGAAGAAUCCAGGUGACCCCGACACAUGUGAGAAAGUUCCAUUUGACUUCCAUGACCCCUAUCCCUAUUUGGUGGUCAAUGUGGGGUCAGGGGUCAGUAUACUGGCUGUUCGGGCUUAUAAUGAUUAUAAGAGAGUCAGUGGUACAAGUCUUGGAGGUGGGACGUUCUUCGGUCUGUGUUGUCUCCUCACUAACUGCGAUACAUUUGAGGAAGCCAUAGCAUUAGCGUCUAAGGGAGAUAACACUAAGGUGGACAAACGAGUCAAGGAUAUAUAUGGUGGCGACUAUAACCGAUUCCAUUUGCCUGGUGAUAUUGUGGCUAGCAGUUUUGGCCAAAUGCACCUCAAGGACAAAAGGGAACAAUCCAGCCGAGAGGAUUUAGCCAGAGCCACACUAACAACGAUCACAAACAACAUUGGUUCUAUAGCUCGGAUGUGUGCUGUGACUGAGAAAAUUGAGCGAGUGGUGUUUGUUGGGAACUUCUUACGUGUGAACACUAUCUCCAUGAAGUUGCUGGCCUUUGCCAUGGAGUUUUGGUCAGAUGGAGCGAUGAAGGCUCUUUUUCUGGAGCAUGAGGGUUAUUUUGGUGCUAUGGGCUGUAUGAUGGAAUACAUCUCUUCUAGGUCUGGAGAUUCCUUUUCUUACCCACAUCCCGAUAACACAACUAAUGAUCACUGUGACCAUCGGCCUGGUUGUAUGGAUCCUGACCAUCACAAGUCUGACCAAAGGGACCAGGACCAUACACACACGAAUGGGUUAGGAUGACCACACUGACCAUUAGUGUUGUAGCCAUACUGUAGAUAUUCCAGUUUUACUGCUGUGAUAUAAAAUUGCUGAUAAUUUAUAAUAAGUAGAUGUGAUACUUUGUAUACCCUAAAAUCUCAAAAUUAGCAUGAGCAAAAUAAAAGACAGUCUCAAAAAUAAAUCCUUGUGUGAAAUUAGGGACCUCCCAACAAAUAUUUUAGUACCGGUUGCACUGUUAUGAGCCAUGGGUUUCAUCUAUCAGUCACACAGAGAUGUAAAAUGUCAACAAUUUCUAUUUAUGUGUUCAUCACCACAUUAUAAUGACUUAGUAUAUCAACUAUGUCUUGAUACAUUACUUGGUGUCGGGACUGCUAUACGAAAUGUUUAACUUCAACAUUUGUGGUUAAAAAGAAAUGUUGACUUUUAAAAAUGAGCAGUGGGCGCAGGGCAGGUCGAGAUGGGCGCAGCACCAAUAAGCAAAUUGGGUCUGGGGAAUACUCCGCGAUGCAUACAUGUAAUAAAAACUUUGUAGAGACAGCCCAAAUGGGGAAAUAGGGGUUAACCUUUAAAAGACCACUCCUUAAAUACAGACAAUGAUUUUCACCUAAUUCUUCAUAGCUCAUAGGCCAAAAAAGGGAAAUAAGGGUAAAUCUUUAAAAGACUUAUUGUUGAGAAUAGAUAAAAGGAUUUUCACAUUUGGGUCAUCUUUAAAGUAACGGUAAUCUUACAAGACGUAAUAGUGAUAGCAUCUGUACAAAAAUGAGCCUUUUUAACCAUUAAACCUAUAUAUUGGCUUGGUCAAUAAAAUUGAUCAGGCAAUAGUACCACAACACACAAAUAAGCUUGUGUGCACUCUUUUGACCGCAUUUGACCAAAGUGAAAGUAGUACCUCUCCCAAUAACAAAAGAACGAUCAUAAAUAAAUAAGCUCUGACUAAUUUGAGAUUUUAAGAUAUAUAUUAUAAUAAGCUAUACAUUUUCAAUACAUACUCGUAGCUGUGAUUUUAUUAUAAACAUGUAUAUAUAUAUAUGUGUGUGUGUGCCACCAUUUCAUCUCCGAUCUCGUCAUAACCUCAAGGUUCAAAGUGUUAUGUCAAGGUCAGAAUCAUUCUUUAAGGUCGUGACCCUAAAUUGUUCCUAAUAUAUCAGCUGACAUUUUAGAGCUAUUUGACUUUAAAUAUUAAAUUUAUCAUUGAUCUUCAAAUGCUAUAUUACAUGUACAGGUAAUAGAUUUAUGAAAGUCUUGUAUACUGUCAGAUGUACCUGUUGACUCUACGUAAUACAAGUCAUACUUCAUCUUGUAAUCUAUAACUUAUAAAUAUGUAGGUCCAAGUCAUUAUUGUUAAUAGGUUGAAGAUAAAAAGUGUGCAUAAUUCUAUGAGUGAUAGUGUUUUACUGGCUAGAUGUGAUACUAAUUUGGUUUGUGAGGUGGUUAAAUCAGCAAAAAAACAAAUCCAUGUAAAGCCUCACAAACCUGACUGAUGUAUUAGUCAGUGAACACAGUCUGAAAUACAUAUUAUGCUGGUGGCUAUUAUAUUGUCUACAAGUUACUUCUUCAUGUUCAUUUAUUGACAUUGUUGCUAUGAUGUUUCCAUGUUGCGAUCAUGACAUCAUUAUCCGUAUACUGGGAUAUAUUCGCUGUAGGUUACGAUUCCCUUCGCCAUAUUUUUUGCACUCCACAAUGAGGUUAAAUAUAUCAUUACAGUGAAUACUAGUACACAGCAUACCAUAUAUAGUAAUAACAUAUGAAGAGUGAAAUUAAUAUGGAAUUUACCAGUGAAGGGUGAUUAUUUGACUGGGCUAAAGUCUUUUGGUAAACAGUACUGUUUAUUGGAAAGGUAUUGCCCUGUCAAGUAUGCUCCCUUUGUCAGUAAUAUACAUAUACAGUAACAUCCCGUUUCAACACUGUCCUGCUAUGUAUGGUAAGUUGUAUACUUACACGGGCUUGAUCAAUUUACCGUAAUGACAGAGGAGGAAGGAAGGGGGAAAUUACCGUGGUGAACAUUGUUAUUUUGUAACGUGACAACAAUCUACCCAUUCAUUGCUUCUAAAAAUCAGGAAUAAUGUGAACGUUUUCCUGGUGAAUGUAUUACAGUAGAGGUAAAUAUGGCCUCUUUAUACAGGUAUGUCAGCACUUGAUGUACCUGUCACUGCUUUCUAUUUACAUAUGCGUACAUACUAGAGGUACCGGUAGUCAAUUAUUUAUACAGGGUUCAGGUAGAGGUUGAUUUUGUAAAUUUCAUGUAGUUGUCAUGACAUAAUGUAUAAACGGAUGGUGAUCUGAUUGAAUUAAAAUUAAAAUUUUACUUACAAUGAUAUGGUUAAUUCCAGUGAAUAGGUACUACCAGAGAUGUCUGUUAGAAUAGUGUGUGUGUGUGUGUGGUUCAUUUGACUGGGACAUGUUUUUGAAGAGGUUGUCCCCUUAAUCAAGGUGUCAGAUAAGACAAGUUUUGGUGUCUAUUAUUAGGAAGUCUUCCCAGUGACAGUAUCCAAGGCCAGUAUUGUGGGAGAAAUUGCUCAAAUCGUGGUACUGAUAGAUAACUGUUCAAAGGUUUCCAGUGUAUCAAAUGUACCAAUGUAUUGUUUAUCUGAUAGAGGGAAAGGGUUCAUUUUCUUUUUAUUGAAGUCAUCUAUUUGGUCUUGUAUUGAUCAGAUUUUUUUUAGACAUAAAGAUACAUCUGCAUAAGUAAAGAGAAUUGUUUACAAAAGCUUUCGAUGGCUUAUGGAAAUAGCAAAAUUGGUCUCCUUAGUUUUCAAAUCAUUUUUUUUUGCAAAUCUUGAGAUCUAUACUCAAUGUUCUAGCACUCCUGAUAAUUUCAAAGGUACAGAGUAGGACUUUUGACAGGAAUAAGUUUAAUUGUCAGCCAAUAUAUCUCUCGUUAUGUACAGUGGUCUAUUUGGGAUAAACCCACAAAAUAUGCCUUAGAAAGGGAGGGAACUAUGUUUAGGAAACGAGAGGAGGCUGUGCUUUAGUGAUGAGAGGGAGGAUGGGAUCACAAAAGUUGUAUUUAAGAUUUGUAGAUGCAAUGUCUUUACAUGUCUUUUAUUUCUAAUGAACAUGUAUUAUAUAACUAUAUGACUCAAUAAUGACCUCGCAACUAGCAGUUUUGUGCAUAAUAUACUACAGUAUGUACACCUGUAAGGGAAAAGGUGGCAAAUUAUUGAUAUAAGAUUUUAAGCCUUAGAAAAAACACCUGAAUCCCUUAAUACCAGGUAUGUACAUCAGGAAAGGAAUUUAAACAUUAAACAUCUAAAUUAUAUAUUGCCAAUAAUUCACCCUUCAUAGACAAAACCUAAUUGAAAUCAAAAGUGGCAAGCGUUUUAAAAUCAAAUUGGUUAAUUUAGUGCCAGUAUGUCGUUCAUCAAUGUAAAUCUAUUGAAGUCAAAGUGGUAGAUGUGAGUACCCUGCAUACCCAUUAUGGAUUUAACCUAUCAAAAUCAAACACUCGUGACAUCAUUAUUCUCUGAUCAACUUCCCCACUGUCUAAAAUGUAGUUUUGUGUAAUGUUAUUGUUUUGAGAUGAAUAUCUGUUUCCCUGUUGCUGAGACUAUAUAAUCCCAUGCAAUAUUGAAUUAUAUUAUUUUAAGUACAGCAACUAUAAAUUGCUCAAAGCUACAUGAUGGUGGGUGUCUGUUUUACAGUUACAGUAUUUUGUGCUAAUAAGUAAUAUUUCAUAGAUUUUAUAGAUUUGCAAUAAUGAUUUCCUUGUAAAGUGCAUUUAUUAUUGUUUGUAUAUUUUGUUUAAUUAGAGGUCCAAUGUUGGUUGAAUUUAUGAGUUUUUUCCUUUAUUUAUACUUUGUUGUAUAUUGUAUACACUGCCUAUAUAUUAUUAUAUCAUUAUUUUCCGAUUGUUUUGUGCUGAUGCAACCAUAUCAAUAUUGCUUCUAUGACAAACUUUCGGAACUCAAUUAAUCAUUAGUUCAUCAUAAAUUGAAUUGAAUUAUUCAAUGAUUCUUUUUUUAUUGUUAGUACAGUUUGGUAUACACUAAAAACAUGUAAAGAUUUGUUAAGUUAAGGGUGGUAUUAUACAAAUGUAUAUGUUACCAAUAUUUAGUCAACAUGGAAACAUUUCUGUGAAAACUUUACUGCUAUUGAAGCAUCAUUUAUAUACUAAGUUAAAACACUUACAAGAAUUUAUUGAAUAAUUUACAAAUAUUAAUCUUUUUCUCGUCUACAUAUAUGAUGUUCUAUAAUUCAAAUAAGGAUUGAACAGCAUUCCUUAUAUUUACAUUCUAAAUUAUAGUUAUUAUUAAACUUAAAUACAGGUAUUCCCUUAUAUUUUCUAUAUUUUAGUGUUUAUUAUGUCAGUGCAAAUAAGAUUCUUGGAACAGCUUAACCACCAAAAUGUUUGCUUCCAAUGGUUGUGUCUUGUCAUUCGAGACGGGAGGAGAAGCUUCAAAAUAACACUGAUCAAAUUGCAUUCAUAGCUCCAUGAACAUUUUUUUCUGGUAAUGUUUAUAAAGGAACUUGCAGUGGAAAUGUAAAUAUGAUGUUCAUGCGCAUUACAAGAGAAUGAUAUGAAUACUGUCAUGACUGAUCUACCACCUUGAUAAACACUUCCAGCUUCAUGUCAUUCAAUGCAAGCAUAACCAAUUUUCCAAAAUGUUCAGCCGUUGUUUUCUAUACAAUGAGGUGGUUGUAUUGUCCCUUUUUCCUCGGUGAUGUUUUCCAUUUUCAGGAGAUUAUGUUGUUCAUUUCUAAGAGUUAAUUGAGAAGAUCAAUGAUCAGCAAUGGAAAAAAAAUAAGAAGUGAAAAAUAUUGACUGAAAUUGUCAUCAGUAGUAUCAAAUUAAUAAACCAGAAUAGUAAAAGGUGAUUACAAUACAGGUGGCAAAAUGUAUUUCAGGAGGUGUUGACAAAUGUUGAAAAGUGGUGGAAUAUGAUUUUGUCUAAAAUGUACCAAAUAUUGACUGGAAUAGCAUGAACAUUGUAUUUAGGUUCUACCAGGUAUAUAGGCUAGAGGUCCCAGACUCUUAUACAGUAUCUUAUAACUAAGACAUCUAGGCUGUAUAUUGAGAGCUUAAAAAAGAAUAGUUUUAAAUGACUUUUAUUGACUCUGGAGGCG